AUAACAGUUGUGAACUAACAAACCAAUAACACUGACCAUCACACCACUCGUCCAGUCAUUUGAUAGUCCCAUUCGGAUUGGUGUUGCCUUUGCGCAAACGCGAUAUACAUAUUUUUAAUUUUUUUCACAAUUAAUGUAAAUUGAUUGAGCUUUACCCUUGUGUUCACCUUUAUUGUACAAUAGUGGAUAUUGCAUUUAGUUUGUUGUAGUGAUUAAUUGUAAUAUUGUAAUUUUUACUUGCUGUGUGUAUAAAACGUAACGUAAUUCUGGACAUUACUUCUGCAUAGAAUUUUCUCCCAUCUAUAUAUACAGGAACUAAAUUACUUCCACCACACUCAUUAAAAUGGGUAUAACUAAAAAACCAGCUAGUAUUUGUAGUGAUGAAAUACUUCCAAUUGAAGUUGAUGAACCACUUGAAAUUGAAACUACAAUUUUUGUUCAUGAUGAUUUUGAUGCUGAUGAAUUUCUCCAGGGAGAGGUAGAAAUUAAUUAUUCACCUGAAAAUGAAUCAAGUGAAUUUAGUGAUUUAUCAAGUGAACCUGGGAAUGAGCCAAUUUAUAUAUCUAAUAAUGAACCUGAUUCUUCUCUUUCUUCUGUACCAAACAGUAGUCUCUACCCUGAAUUAAGAUACUCCAUGGAAUCAAAUCAUAACAACAUAAAUGUUGAUACUAAACCAUUGACAUUUAAGAAAAAAAAUGUUUCUCAGAUGGGGCGUAGAAAAGCUAAUCGAGCACAAAAUGAUCAUUUUCUCUUAUCUCUGAGUAAUGACCAACAACAACAUCCGGAAGAUGAAAUAUUCUACAAUGAUAACAAAAAUGGAUUUACUAAAGUAAUCAAGAAGCUAUGUAUCCAACCUGAUUUGAAAGAUUCAUUUAUUGAAGGAAAUGAUGAAAUUAUUCUACAAAAAAGCAAUAAACGUUCUGCUGCAGAAAUGAAAAAUAACAAAAAAUCAAAACGAAGCGUUCGUCCUGAUGUGGCAUUUAAAAAUUUAACUACAUCCCAAAAAUCACUUUUCAAACAGAAAAGUUUACCUUUUACUGCCAUAAACAAUCUGGAAACUGAAGUUGUUCGCUACUUUUCACUGUCACCAAAAGGAGUUUAUACAUCAGCACCUUUACCGAGUUAUCAUCGUAUACUAUUGCAUAGUAUUGUUCGUUACUAUUCAUUGGAUGCUACAAGUGUCAAUAACCGUGGCUGUCGUAACCAAAAAAUCGUCCAAGUUCGUAAUAGCCGCUUUGACGAUUUUUUACCUCCACAAAUGAGUUUGCUGAAGUUUAUCACUCAACUUUAACCUCUUAAAACUCCUAAGCUCUAUUAAACAAUACAUUUACAAUAAUAUAUUAUAUUGAAGACAUUAACUGACAUAUUUUUAACCUUGCUACUUUUAAAGGCUUUUAUGAAUUUCCUAAAUAUUUUAUUGAAGUAGUGGAUUUUCUAUGUAAGCAAUACGUCGAGUUACUUGAGAUAAAAUAGUAGCAAUUAAAAAAUGUAGAGUGAAUCAGAUUUUAUGCUAAUUUGUUUUAUUGUUCUGCUUCGGUUUAUGCUUGUGUAUCCUCUAAUCAUAAUUUCAAUUAUGUAUGCAUAUCAUGAUUGUAUUCAUUUUAAAUAAUAAACAUACAAGUGUUAUCUAUA